AUGGGUGGUCCGGGUCGGCUCGGGUUGGUAACAGGUGCCGGUUUUUUGGCCAUUCGAGAUCAUGACAUGGCACGAGAGCGGCGCGGAUCUCCACGUGCCCUGCGUCUCAUUCACAUCGUAACCGCCUUCAUCAUCUUCACCACCAUCAUCUUCAUCAUGAUGUCUCUGGAAUCUGGGACGCCACCGAAGCCACAAAUCGCCAAACUGGCUACAGCCGCAGCGAUCGCCAGCUCCCUCAUCAGGCAGAAGAGGCAGGCGAGGGAGAGAGAGCGAGAGCGGGAGAGAGAGAAAGAGAAGGAGAAGGAGAGAGCGAAGACGGCUCGCUGCAGUCCGACCCGGAGCACAGGAACCUGCGAGAAACCCAGCCGACUGAACCUCUUCUCACGGGUCAAACUCUUUGGCUCCAAGAAGAGGAAGAGGAGAAGGCCAGAGCCUCAGCUUAAAGGGAUCGUCACUAAACUGUGCAGCCGUCAGGGCUUUCACCUGCAGCUCCAAGCAGACGGAACCAUCGACGGCACUAAAGAGGAGGACAGCAGUUAUGCGGUGUUUAAUCUCAUCCCGGUGGGUCUACGUGUGGUGGCCAUACAGAGCGUUCAGACGAAACUCUAUCUGGCCAUGAACAACGAGGGCUACCUGUACACCUCCGAACACUUCACUCCGGAGUGUAAGUUUAAGGAGUCCGUGUUUGAGAAUUAUUACGUGACGUACUCGUCCAUGCUGUACCGGCAGCAGCAGUCGGGUCGAGCCUGGUACCUUGGCCUCAAUAAGGAGGGACGAGUGAUGAAAGGGAACCACGUCAAAAAGACCAAACCGGCCGCUCACUUCAUCCCCAAACCCCUCAAAGUUGCCAUGUACAGAGAGCCCUCUCUCCACGACAUGACUGAAUUCUCACGAAGCGGAAGCGGAACUCCGACGAAGAGCCGCAGUGCAUCGGCCAUGCUGAACGGAGGGAAGAUCGCAAGCCAGUCGACUUAACAAGGGGACGUACCAACAAGGGGACCUAACAAGAUGGCAUGACAGCUCUGCACAAAAAAACCCACACGUUUACACCUUUUUGGCUAACGAUCACUGUGAUGACAUCACAAGUGCAAAACUGGACGAAUCCAAGCCAUUGGACUUCAUCAGAGUUCUGCAUUGUCUUCAAACUCGUAGCCUGAACAAACUGCUGCUUCUCUCAUCUUUCUUCUUCUUCUUCUUCUUCUUCUAAACUGUGUUUCUGGACAAAAUCCACUUUACGUGCUUAUAAACCUGCUAAAGUAGCUGCUGAUCUCAUACACCGCGCACUGAGACGGAGACGGCGAGCGUGGCGGCGCGUCCAGCCUUCUGUAGCACAUCUUCACUGUUAGAUACACUGAUGGAGUUCGGCUCCUCACCGAGAGUCUCGUUCACACGGAAUUACGGUUUUACGCAACCAAAGAUGUCGUGUGUCUUCAUUGUGGAGGAGAGCGAAUGAGAAUCGAAAAGGAACCUGGUAUUGUUUUGUUAACGCGGCCUCGUCCAUUUCCCUUUACAUACGUGUGUGUGUGUGUGUGUGUGUGUGUGUGUGGUCUUCAUCAUACCCUGAAUACACUCGAGCUCAACGGUGUAGCUGAAGUUGUGGAGAUUUACACACUCUCACACACCUGGUUUAAUUACUGCCUGCUGUGGAAGCGUAAUAGCACAGUGAAGUAACUCAGAAAUAAAUGUUUACACUUUAAAUACACUCCGGCCACCAUAUUGGAAAGGAAACUGCCUCAUAUUGGAAACAACAAUGCCUUCUGGGUAAUUUCUGCUCCUAAAGUCCACACUGAUGAUGAUGACGACUCGAUCCCUCAUCCUACCCUCAUCUCAUGUGGUGAAGCCCUUAAGAUGGUGUCUAAGGGAACUAAACUGCAGGGAAGUGAACGAGGGGAAGCGUUUAAGCAGGACGUGUUCAUCUCUACUCUGAUUCGACGUCUUCCUUUACUUCCUGCUUGCCUUUGUUAGCGUUGUGAAUGAAUGUCAGGCGCUUCUUGGGAUUUAUGUUAAAGCGAGUUAUACAAAUAAAUUCAUCGCUUCUACAGGGCUAAAUUAAUUCUCUUUUACAAUUUAUGUUAAAUAUUUAUUCAUUUGAGUUUUGAGAGCAUUUGUGUUGCAUGGGACACACUGUAGGGGAAAGCUGCAUGUUUUAUAGCUGUGUGUGUGUGUAUGCGUGUGUGUGUGUGUGUUAGUUGCAUAGUAAACUGAUGGCAGAAUAAUGGACCAUGCCUCUGAUUUGCUGCGCUGAGUGAGUGGUUUGUGUAAACGUGGCAUUUAAGCGACACGCCGCACGUCAGUGUUGUUUACGAUGCUUCAGAGCCGCGUGGAGAGACGACGUGAGUUGAACAGCCUUUUAAUGAAACAUGCAUUAAACCUUCAUCACCUGUUCUCAUGACGAGAGUGUCUUAUUCAGCUAAACUGUGAUCUGAGCUGUAGUGUUUAGGGGGAUUUUUACCGGCAUUGCAUGAUAUUAGAUACAUGUAAUGUGAAAUCAAUCAAUAAAUACAUGUUGCUUUAAAGUGCUGGUGUGUGACGCAUGUGUUCCACCACAGGAGUGUGUGUUUAAAACCCGUCAUGACAUCAAAUACACUUUUACUCGGUAAUGACAUAUAACCAAUCUCUCUCUCUCUCUCUCUCUCUCUCUCUCUCUCCAGUUCUCUUUAUUCCUCUCUUCAUUUUAUCUCUGACUUUUCACAUUAUUUUUUGUAAAAUUUCAGUGGAGUUUUAUGUUUUUAUAAACUUUAUAUAAAGUAUUUCAU